AUGGAUAAAAUACCUGAACAUAGAAAAAAUGCUUUUAAGUCAAAGGCCAUUUUUAAAGCUGAAGAGUUACGUAGACGUCGUGAAGAGCAACAGAUUGAAAUUCGGCGUAAAACUCGCGAAGAAUCUUUAGCAAAACGUCGUAAUUUAAACGUAGCUUUGUCCCCAGAUUCCGAUGAUGAGACUGCUGUUGCUGUCAUCAAUGCUCAGCUUCAAGAACAAUUACCUGAAAUGAUUCGUGGUGUGUUUUCUGAUAAUGUUGAAGAACAAUUGCAAGCAACUACCAAAUUCAGAAAAUUGCUUUCUAAAGAAAGAAAUCCUCCAAUUGAACAAGUUAUUGAAUGUGGUGUGGUCUCUCGUUUUGUUGAUUUUUUAAGAUCUCCUCAUUCUCUUGUACAAUUUGAAGCUGCAUGGGCUUUGACAAAUAUUGCAUCGGGGUCUUCUCAACAAACUCAAGUGGUUAUUGAUGCUGGAGCUGUACCAAUCUUUGUUGAAUUAUUGGGCAGUACUGUCGCUGAUGUUAAAGAACAAGCUGUUUGGGCUUUAGGCAAUAUUGCAGGUGAUAGUCCACCUUGUCGUGAUUUUGUCUUGAAAGCAGGUGCUCUUCGACCUUUAAUCUCUAUAUUGAACGAAAAUAAUAAAUUAUCGAUGUUGAGAAAUGCAACUUGGACCUUGUCUAACUUCUUUCUUGCUAAACUUAUUUAUUCUAUUGAUGAUGAAGUUCUUAUCGAUGCUUGUUGGGCAAUAUCAUAUUUGUCUGAUGGUAGUAAUGAAAAAAUUCAAGCUGUCAUUGAAUCUGGUGUCUGUCGUAGACUUGUUGAACUUUUGAUGCAUUCUUCUACAUCUGUUCAAACACCUGCUUUACGUUCAGUCGGAAAUAUUGUUACAGGAGAUGAUGCUCAAACUCAAGUAAUCAUUAAUUGUGGUGCAUUGCCUGCUUUGUUAAGUUUAUUGUCCAGUCCAAAAGAUGGACUUCGUAAAGAAGCUUGUUGGACCAUUUCAAAUAUCACAGCUGGAAAUUGUGCACAAAUACAAGCAGUUAUAGAUGCAAACAUCAUACCACCAAUCAUCCAUAUAUUGGAACAUGCAGAUUUCAAGACUCGCAAGGAAGCAUGUUGGGCAAUUUCUAACGCAACUUCAGGAGGAUUAAACAAGCCUGAUCAAAUAAAGUAUCUUGUUAGUCAAGGAUGUAUCAAACCUCUUUGUGAUCUAUUAACUUGUAUGGAUAAUAAAAUUAUUCAGGUUGCUCUUGAUGGCCUUGAAAAUAUUCUUAAAGUUGGUGAAUUGGAAAAGGCUGAUGGUCUCAAUCAAUUUGCACUAUUUAUUGAAGAAGCAGGCGGCAUGGAAAAAAUCCAUAAUUUGCAAAUUCACGACAACAUUGAAAUCUAUAAAAAAGCGUAUCAUAUUAUUGAUAAAUACUUCGCUGAGGAAGAUGAAGAGGAUGCAAAUUUGGCUCCAGAAAUGGAUAUGAAUACAGGUCAAUUUGUCUUUCAAUCGGAUUUAAAUUUACCUCAAGGAGGUUUCAACUUUGGUAAUUAA